AUGAGUUUGGUAUCGUCAGUCUCGCCCCUCCCUCCUCUCCUUUUCCGUCCGCCCAUUCAGACGACGCUUUGGCGGCCCGCGCCUUUGAAAUGCCCGCCCAUUCGUGUGCUCAGUAUCGCCACGUCAUUCAGCCGAGAUGUGACGCGUGAAGCUGCCACACGCAACGCUCGAGGCCUGUGCAUAGCAGCAGGACGACCAGACACGCCUGUUGUUCAGGGCCCACACCACCGCUCUCAACCGCACCAUCCCCAGAA